AUGUUCUUGCAUGUUAAACUGCAUUAUGAAGCAGAGCUCAUUCUCACAGCAGGUCCAGCUGCGCUGGGCAGUCCGGGACUUCAAUAUGGAGGCCUAUAUGCGAAUAAACAUAUGCCAAGAAUAUUCUUUUCUUUGACAGAAACCUGGUGGCAAAGUGUGAAACCUCCACCUGUUCCUUAUGAGUCACCGGCUGCUUAUGAUGACGUUCUGGAAGUGCUGCCUCGUGGAUUCCUCGGUAUCACAAGAAAGAAUUUCUAG